CCGAGGAAGUGCAAAGAUGCAUCAAGCAAUUAGGUGACAAGGUCUAAGCCUGUUGAUUCGCAUCUUGUGAAGAAUCAUGACCUCAAUUCCUAAGGCUCAGUCAACCCUGCGUGGAUCACAUCUACUCAUCCUUUCUACUAUUUUCUCCACGAAACUACCAAGCAAAUUACUCUUUUCGGUCUUGACUCUCGUGAGUUGUUAUAUAUAUGUUUCUGGCCCUAAUUGCUCCAUCAUCUAGCAAACUUAGAUUCUUAAUUCUCUCCUUUAGUAGCUUUUAAUUCACAAUAAACAGGGAUGUCGUUGAAAGUCCUUUCUGCCCUCGAUGUAGCAAGAAUCCAGUUGUACCACUUCAAAGCAAUCAUCAUCGCAGGCAUGGGACUCUUCACCGAUGCCUAUGAUCUCUUCUGCAUCCCUCCUAUCAUCAAGCUCAUAGGACGAAUAUACUACGUAGAGGAGAAACAAUACAGGACCACCCCAACCGUUGUCGUCUCUGCCCUGGUGGCUAUAGCUCUUCUAGGGACCGUAGUUGGACAACUGGUGUUUGGGAGGCUAGGCGAUCGGAUAGGAAGGCGCAGCGUGUACGGGCUGUCAUUGGGCAUCAUGGUGCUUAGCUCCAUAGCUUGCGGUUUUUCAAUAUGCAGGACCAGAAAUUGCGUCUUGGUGAGUUUAGGGUUUUUCAGGUUCUUGCUGGGAGUAGGAAUCGGGGGGGACUACCCGUUGUCGGCAACCAUCAUGUCGGAGUUUGCUAAUAAGAAGACGCGUGGAGCCUUUAUAGCGGCUGUGUUUUCGAUGCAGGGCUUCGGGAUUUUGGUCAGCUCCGUAGUGACGAUGGUGGUUUGUAAGAUAUUUGAGGCUACAUCGCAUGUGUCGAAUGGUCAAAUCCCGGAGCAGGUUGAUAUUGCGUGGAGGCUGAUACUGAUGGUGGGUGCAAUUCCCGCUGCGAUGACAUAUUACUGGCGUAUGAUGAUGCCCGAGACGGCCAGAUACACAGCUCUCGUGGAACAAAAUGUCCUACAAGCAGCCAUGGACAUGGAGAAAGUGUUAGAUAUUCCAAUGAGUCAAAUUGCAGAAGACUCCCUUUUGCCAUCCUAUCCGCCUCCAUCCUAUCCUCUUCUCUCAAAACGCUUCUUCCGUCGCCACGGCUAUGAUCUCUUCUCUUGUGCCGCAUCAUGGUUUCUUGUCGAUGUUGUCUUUUACAGUAGCAACCUCUUCCAAUCUCAGACUUAUCAUCGCUUUAUAAAAGACCAACCUGAUGUGAACGCUUAUGAGCUCGCUUUUAGAGUUGCUCGUUUCCAAGCAAUUCUUGCUAUCUGCUCUACAAUUCCAGGUUAUUGGGUUACUGUCUAUUUCAUUGAUCGCAUUGGAAGAGUCAAAAUCCAAAUGAUAGGCUUUUUCUUCAUGGCAAUGGUUUAUUUCGCAAUUGGGAUACCCUACAAAUACUUCUGGAGUGAAAAAAUAGGUAUUGGAUUUAUCACCCUCUAUGCUCUCACUUUCUUCUUCUGCAAUUUCGGACCAAACACCACCACUUUUAUAGUCCCUGCUGAAUUAUUUCCGGCAAGAUUUAGAUCAACGUGUCAUGGCAUUUCUGGGGCCGUGGGGAAGGUUGGAGCAAUCAUUGGGACGGUUGGUUUUUUGUGGGCUUCGAGGAUUCCAAACAAUAAUGGCAAGCCGGACCCUGUUAGAAUGACUGUGGCAUUAGUGUUCUUGGGUGUGGUAUGUCUUGUUGGACUGGCGGUGACUUACUUCUUUACACGGGAAACCAUGGGAAGGUCCCUUGAGGACAAUGAGAAUGACGAUGAAUAGAGUGGUGAACGACAUUGCCAGGGUUGCCUUGACGCAUUCGUCGUCUCUUAACAAUGAAGCUAGCUAGCUACAGAUUGAAUUAAAGCUUAAUUCCUUCCUUCUUCAAUGUGUGCUUUUUAGAGUUCAUAUUUUCUUGUAUAUAAUAGAUCAAAGAAAUUAAAAGGAAUACAAUGGGUCCGAUUUUGUAUUGAGAAAAUCCCUAGAAUCGCUUCGAUCAUUCACCAAAAUGAAAUCCCUAGCUUGUGUUAAUUGCCUAUUCCACUCUUUGGGUCUGCAUGGUACUAUUUGUAUAUCUUAAAUCGUGUUAUAUUCCAUAUAAACCAUCAAACUAGUGAUUAUAUAUAUAAUUAAUAAUCCGAAGUAAGAUCCAUGUCCAGAAUCUUUUGCAUUUUUCGUUACAAAAAAAAUGAUGAUAUUACGUAUAAUAGGUAAUGGGAAUUUUUUUUUUUUUUUAUAAGAACUUUUUCACAUACUAAAGCAUGGAUGCAUUACUAAUCUAGAGUAUUAUUUUUGCUUACUGCUAAUUCUGGUAAAUACUGUUACAUGCUCCAUGAAUGAACAAUUUUCAAAUUCUUUUGUUUAGAGAUCAAUCUCGCCGUGCUACUUUAAAAUUAGCAAAAGAUAAUCAAUCUCAAACUUUAAAUUUGACAGAAUCUUAU